AAGACUUCAGACACGUCACGUGUCCCCCUACGUCAACACGCAGGGAGACGUCGUAGGGGACGCACGGACAACGAGUUUGCGCGAGCUCCUGAAUUGAGUUUCCCGCGUAGAGGAAGUAGUGGAGAGAACUCAGAGUGACCAGGAACCCCAAUUAGUGCACCGUAUCCCCUCGCAUGGCUCGCUUCGCUCGGCACAGAUUACCGUUCCGAUCGUAGUCCACGUGGAUCGUUAAGUAUGAUAAGAUCCAGAAAAAUGCCGCCUCGUAAGAAGGACGCUGCAGCAGCUGCCAGGAAGGCUCCAGCUAAGCGGAAGCUGGCGGAGGAGUUCCCACCAGGAGAGGUACUGAUUGAUUCUGCAAAAAAGCAGUGGAAACUGGGAUUGCCCAUCGGACAGGGUGGCUUUGGACGUCUCUAUCUUGCGGAUGUAAACUCUUCCAAAACAGUAGGACCAGAUGCUCCCUACGUGAUAAAAGUGGAACCAAGUGAAAAUGGACCAUUGUUUUCUGAACUCAAAUUCUACAUGCGAGCAGCUAAACCCGACCUAAUUCAGAAAUGGACCAGCGCUCAUAAAAUGAAAUAUCUUGGUGUACCCAGAUAUUGGGGUUCCGGACUGCAUGAUAAAAGUGGGAAAAGUUAUCGGUUCAUGGUAAUGGAUCGGUUUGGGAAAGACUUGCAGAAGCUUUUUGAGGACGGAGGUAAACGGUUCACCCACAAAACUGUGCUGCUGCUGGGACUGAGACUGAUUGAUAUUCUGGAGUAUGUACAUGAGCAUGAAUAUGUACAUGGAGAUAUCAAAGCCUCCAACCUUCUCCUUCACCACAAAAAUCCAGAUCAGGUGUUCCUGGUGGAUUAUGGCCUCGCUUACAGAUACUGCCCCGAGGGGGUUCACAAAGACUAUAAAGAGGAUCCCAGGAAAUGUCACAACGGCACAAUAGAGUUUACAAGCGUAGACGCACACAAAGGAGUCAAUCCAUCAAGAAGAGGAGACUUGGAAAUUCUGGGCUACUGCAUGAUUCAGUGGCUGUGUGGUAAACUUCCAUGGGAGGACAACUUGACGGAUGCAAAUUAUGUUACCGACUCGAAAAUAAAAUAUGGUGAUGAAAUCUCAACACUCAUGGAAAUGUGUUUCCCGGGGAAGAAGAAACCAGAUGAGCUCGGCAAAUAUAUGGCGGCGGUUAAAGCACUCGGUUAUUCUGAUAAACCUCAGUAUCAGAAACUAAGAGAGAUACUAUCGCAAGGUCUGAAGGCGCUGGGCACCAAAGAUGAUGGAAAACUGGAAUUUUCUGCUAGUCAGAAUGGAGAGAUGCCUGCAAAGGAUAAGAAGAGAAAGAUGCUUAAGCCAUCUGAUGAAGUACUGGAGGGAGAAGCAAGUGGAGAAGCAGAAGUGAAGGUGAAAAAGCCCAGGGGACGUCCUGCAAAAGCUCCGGCUAGCCCCGCGCAGUCGCCACCACCGAAGGGAAGAGGACGGGGAAGAGGCCAAAAACGAUAGUACCCUGUGACACUUUUUACAUGUGGUUUUAUGUUUUGUAUGAAGAAUCUAUUCUGAGGUGUCCAUAAUAUGUCUUGAAAUUAAACAUUUUAUUGAUGAUAA